CGGUUAUUGACUCAACAUGCUUUCUUGAAAUUUCAUUGCUCUACUUUGGCUCAAAUCUAUCAAUACAGGUCUUUCAAGAACUCAGACUCAGGUGUCAGACAAGAUGUUCUUUGUGAAGGGGGUCAAAACAGCACGAGUCACGCAACAAAGGGUAAUUUAUAAGACAUUGUGGGGAAAUGAGCUUAAGGACAAAAAAAGGACAGAAACGGCGCUGAAGGCCGGGGAGGACAGAGCCAUUCUGUUGGGUUUGGGAAUGGUGUUCAGCUCAGUCAUGAUGUACUUUGUGAUCUGUAUCACCAUGGUGCGUGCUUAUGCAGAAAGACUCAUGCAUUUGUUUUCCCAGUGUUUUUAUGUGCCAAAAUGCCAGAAGGACCACACCGCCCUGCAUGUUAUGAUCCAGAAUAUUUCAGAGCAUCUGAGGAUGCACCAGCAGGUGACAUGUUACCACGACUCCAGCGAGCAUCAGGGCAGCAUCCUUCUGAACCGUCUGUAUGGCAGCAGCACAGUCUUCCACUCUCUCUUCUGGCCCUCCUGCAUGUUAUCUGGAGGAACCCUCAUCAUACUCAUGGUCAAGCUCACUCAAUACCUUUCCAUACUGUGUGAACAAAUUGGCAAAACUCCAAAGUGAAAGAGGCUCAGUGAUUGACAGACUUAGUGAAGUGAACGGAGGAGCUUUCAUUUCUCCUUCAAAUGGUUUUCGGCUUCCUGUUGUUCAAGGAUUGACUGGAAAUUGAUAUGUUAUUCUUCCAUGACUAAGCUAUAUUGUAAGCACAACUCAUAUCUCAUAAGUGCUGCUCUAUUCCAGAUGGAGUUAGUGCUGUUCGGAGAAGGGUAUUAUGAUAUAAUAUAAUAUAAUAUAAU